GUUUCAAGGAAGAAGUUGGAGAGCUUGCCAAUAGGAAUUAUUUAAUAGAGUUUGGGGUGGUGCAAGAUGUUGAUCGACUUGAUGUGAUUGGUGCAAUAGGAAUCGCUCAUUGCUUUACUUUUGGUAGAAGCAGGCAUAGAGUUCUCCAUGAUCAAAAAAUUCAACCUCGAUCAGAACUAUCUAAUGAAAAUUACAUGAACAAAGAAGAGCAGACUACAGUGAAUGAUUUUCAUGAGAAGCUUCUCAAAUUAAAGGACUUGAUGAAAACAAAUGAUGGUAAAGAAAGGGCAGAGAAAAGGCAAAAAUAUAUGGAGGAUUUUCUGAAGGAGUUCUAUGAAGAGUGGGAGGGAGGGCUUAAAUGA